AUGACUGUUCUUUACCCGGAACGGCCUCCACCGCCGGCACAGCCCCCACAGGCGCCUCCGCCCCAGCCGCCACCUCCAUCGCAGCAGACGUCUCGCCAGGCCCCACCUCCGCAACCGCAACCUCCCCAGCAGCAAGCACAACCGCAGCAACCACCGCAACAACCGCCUCCGCCGCCACCUCCCCAGCAGCAACCACCACAGCAGCCACCUCCUCCACCUCAACAGCAACCACCUCAGGCACAGAUCGAGUACCUGCCCCCACCUUCGCAGCCUCGUAACCGAAUUUCAUUGUUGCAUCCUCAGGAGUUCCUCAGGCCCCUGCCACAGGGGGCACGCCUCCAACCUCCGUAA